AGCUUGUCCUUUCUCUGGUGAAAAUUCAGUAUCUGUAGCUUUACUUCCAUCCAGCUCCCUGUUCUACAUUUGACGCACUCCCUCCUCGGCUGCUCCGUCUCUCUCUCUCUCUCCUGUUCUGUCCAUUUUUUCCCCAGACUUCUGGGGGAAGGUGAGAGAAAGAGAAGGAGGAAAGACGGAGACGUGUAGAUGUGACCGCUGAGAGAAACACAAACACACUCUACCAGCAGAGGAAACGGGAGGUGUGUCCUCCCCCCUCCUCCCUCCCUCCCUCUCUCUCUCUCCUCCAGCUGUUUAAAAGCAGCUGGUGGUCGUGCGAGCCUCCACUCUGUAUUGUGGCCCUGGAGCAGACAUGACAGCGGUGGGACAACUGGUGCUGGUACUGGGUUUACUGGUCAGCGCUCACUGUGAGGUGAGAGCAAGAGACCCCGAGGUGGAGGAAGAGGAGGAGGAGCUGAGAGCAAGAGCUUCAGCAGGAGGAGGAGGAGGACUGGCAGCGGGGGGGCUUCACCCAGGGGCCACUGAGACCCCCCCAGUGGGAGAGAGAGGCAACUACCCAGCCCGGACUGGGAACUGGUGUGCCUUCGUGCAGAAGCGUGUGGUAACGACGGCCAUGGUGUGUGGAACAGAGAAGUACACCAUCAAGUCUCAGAGUCCCUGUCCGAGCGGGAUCCCAGACUGUCAGCUGGUCUUGUACAAGCUGUCCACCAGGCCGGUGUACACUCAGAAGCAGAAGGUCUUCACCACUCUACAGUGGCGUUGCUGCCCGGGACACGGAGGACACAACUGCGAAGACACAGUCCCGGACCCUCAGCUGGAUCCUGGAAGCUCGAAUCUGACUGGAGGAUCUGAGAGAACAGAGCCCCGUGGUCCAGAUGAGCAGGCGCGACUCCAGCGGCGGCAGGGCGACCCGAACCGCGAACAGAACGACCACCAGGCGUCCGUCGGCGAGCUGUAUGACGCCGGCGACCCCGACAGCCAGCACAACACCACACACCCGGACCAGGGCCCAGGGCACGCCCACGACCCCCAUCGAGCGUCACACCACGCCGUAAACACGUACGACCCCCACCACCACCGGCGGAAGGAACACCACCUUCCUGAUGAGGCGGAUGCCACUGUUGCCCUCCUCGUCCCCCACAUGCUGGCCCUGGUCAUGUCACAGCUGCAGCCAGUCCUACAGGGCUUCAACCGCUCGCUGGAGCACCUGAGCCGGCAGGUAGGGGACCUGGCCAGUGAUGUGGCCCAGCUGAAGAGCAGCCAGCGGGGGGCGGAGCUGCGGGCGGGGCCCCUGGAGGGACCGGAGAUUGAAGAGGCAGCAGAGGAACGCUUGGAUGUCAAACUGGGCGAGGUGUUUCAGCAACUCAGGGAGGUGCGGAGGCAGAUGGAAAGUCAGCGGACAGAGAUGGAGAACAGGUUGCACUCCCAGCAUGCAAUGCUGCACUACAACCUCACCAGCUUUAAGACGGACGUGGACAUGAAGCUGAAACAUCACCAGAAGAUGCUGCAGGUCAGCCUGCAGGCUAUGAACACCACAUUGUCUGAGCUGAAGCUGGACCAGGAUCAGGCCAACGAGACGCAGCUGGAUGACCACCUCCCUCUUCCUUCCCUGGCUCCCCCCCGGCCGCAGCAGCCCUCAGACUCCUCCGCACUCUGGUUGGCCAUCGAACGACUGGACAACAUGGUGGUCAACAACACGGUGAAGGUGAGCGGGCUGAUGGAGGACGUGGAGGUGACCUCGGGGAACGUCCGGUGGCUGAAGUGGGACUUGAAGGAGCUGGAGAAGCAGAUCAACCGGACCGCCCGGAAUACCCAGAUCCUGUUCAUGGAGACGGGGCUGGAGGUGGAGGACGCGAAGGUGGCGGUGCUGAAGCGGGUGGAGGAGCUCGCGGGGAACCUGACUCAGCACGACAAGCAUCUGCAGGAGGUGGACGUGGACAUGGACUACCUGUACGUCAACCUCUACCAGAACCACUCGGCCGGAGACUGCGACUGCAAGGGGCUGAAGGCCGCCGUGGUCCGCCUGGAGACCAGCCUGGCCAACGUGACGGCGCUGGCCAAUGAGAACAGGUUGGCCCUGGAUGAGGACAGCGAGGGAGGGGCGGAGCUGCAGGACGGGGGCAGCGACUGGGAGCCGGCGGUGGAGGCGCUUCAACGUGGCCUCCAGCAGGCGAAGGAGUCCCUGGCCUCGGAGCAGAGCAGGACCAGGACUCUGGAGCACAGCCUGUCCCGGCUGGGCGGCUCGGUGACGCUCAGUCUGGCCGAGGUCUCUGGCCUGAAGGAGCGGGACAAAAAGCUGAGGGAGGAAAUGCAGCACCUGUCCAGCUCCUUCACCUCUCUGCUGAAGGACGCCGUCCGACACAGCGAUGUGCUGGAGCUGCUGGUGGGGGAGGAGGUGCUAGAUUUCCUGGAGUUGCCCCUCGAGGACCGGAAGGCCAUGUCCAUCCUGGCCCUGAAGGAGCAGCUGAGGAACCUGCAGGAGCAACUGACAGAACACAACCUGAGUAUCACAACACUGCUCGGCAACAGGCCAGGGGGCAGAGAGGAAGUGCCGUCUGCUGACCAGCCCUCCUCCUCCCACCUCCUCCCUGACGACUGGCUUCCCGGUGGCACGAGGAGGAGCAGGAGUGAAGUUCCAGCCAGGGAGCGACAGCUUCUCCUCUACCCUGACAUGAGGCGUCCGGCGCACAGAGGAGACGGCAGCGAUCUGUGGAACCUGGAGAAAACGGUGGAGGAGCUGGGGCUGAAGGUGCACCGGCUGGCCGAGAAACCCUGCCCCUGCCCCAACACCUCCGCCGAGAGGGAGGUGCCGCCCGGCGGCGUGGACGCCAAACUGCAGGCGGAGGUGACGUGGCUGAAGAGAGGGCUGGAGGAACAUCUGAGAGUGUUCAAGAACGUUUUCAGUAACGCUGACGUGCUGGCGGGGUCCGACGCCACGCUGGAGCUCGAUAAACUGUGGCAGCUGGUGAAGAACAAAAACGGGAAGAAAGAAAAGAAGGGAGGAGGAGGAGGAGGAGGAGGGGAGGGAUCAGCAAGAGGAGGAAACCAUCGAAACACGAGGGACUUAUCAGGUGUUGGUCCUGUCCCAUCCGGCCUAUCAGAGGACUCUCUGCUGUUCGUGGCUGGAUCUCCUCUGAGUGUCUCAAACGGCGUCAUCUUGUUCGAAGCAUCUCUGAACCGGGGUCGGUUUUACUCAGACACAGGCACCUUCACGGCUCCGGUGGACGGGAUCUACAUGUUCAUCCUCACCUUGGACUUGAGGCCGGGCCCCACCCAUGUGGUCCUGAGGAGGGGGUCGGGCGGAGCUCUGGUGUCUCUACACCGACAGAAGGUGACGGAGGCGGGGCCGGCCACAGGUGUGGGCCUCCUGCCGCUGAGGAAAAGGGAGGUGGUGAGGCUGGAACUGAGGGGAGGAGCAUGGGGGGAGUCAGAGGACAAUGUGUUCACCGGGAUGCUGCUCCACCGGACCACCUGAGGGCGCCUUGGAUCAACCAGCUGACUAUUGGAGGAAAGACACUGAUCAGAGACUCUGGUAGCGGCAGAGUCACCGAGGUUCAGAAUUUGAGUUGAAACGCUUUCAAGAUGAGAAUUUAACAUUUGCUGAAAUCCAGUCAAUGGAGGUUUUAUUCCAAAAGCACCUUACAGUAUCAUUAAUAGAUAGAUUGUGUUGGAUUCAGAGGGAAUCAAACCCUGAACCCUUAAAACCACCUGUCAGUUCGGAUAAAUCUGUGGACUGCAGAUUAGUUUGAGCUCUGUAAAUGUCUUGGACUAAAAUUCUUAUGCGCAGACCUCCACACCAAGAUAAAACUGACUCUCGUUGCUCAGCUCUCAGUUGUUUCCCCCAAUCCUAGCAUGUAUUUCCUGUUUCAGUGCAUGUCUGAGUUUAGAGCGAAGCUCGAGUCAGGAUGUGGUUAGCCUAGCUUAGCAUAAAGACUGGAAGUAGGGGGAAGCAGCUAGCCCGGCUCUGUCCAAAGUUCAGAACUCCUUUUAAAGCUCACUGAUUAACACCUUGUAUCUCGUCUGUCUAAUCUCAAUCGAUUGGUGGUUUUAGUGGGAGUUGCUGUAAGUGCUGCGACAUUAUACUGACUACCAACAAUCUAUCCACCGGCCCAGUACUUCUGUCCAGCGUCUCUGGUCGUAGUCCAGGUUGCCAGAUUCGGCAGGUGUACACAAGCUGUGGUUUUCAGUCCACGCAGCGACUGUCGUUCCAUAAAAACUAGUCACAACUUUGACCAAAACCACAAAAUCCAGUUUUUACAUUUCUGUUUUUGUACGAAUUAAAGAAACAUUAUUCAACACGCAUUAUUCAAUGCGUGAGCUUUAGAAGAGCUGGUAGGUGCAUUUUUGAAGUUUGGACAGAGCCAGGCUAGCCGUUUCCCCUGGCUUCCAGUCUUUAUGCUAAGCUAAGCUAACCACUUCCUGAUUCCAGCUCCAAAAACCAGGACAAUCACGUAACUUACUGUUUGCAUAAGGAAACUCCAAUGGGCUGAUGGACUAGAAGGGGCAGAACAGUCACCAUUAAAUAUUCUCAGUGCUCCUUGGUAAACAGUCUGACUGCCGCUGCCUCGCUCUACUGACUGAGCCCAACGCAACAAGCUUCAAACCGUCAUGAGUAUUUGCCCGAUCUGUUUGGUGUCUCGACUGUGAUCGGCAGGGCUGACCCUGCACAGUCACUUUAACCUCGAGUCUUGACUAAUCGUCAGCUUGAAAAACCUGACCACAGAUCAGCUGCUGCCACUUCUAUCUGAGGCUGAGGACGGUUAAAAAAAAAAAAGUCAGUGUAUGCCUGUAAAACUGAGCUGAGCUUAUUUUGUUAAGGUUCCAGCAGAAUUAUGUGCAAACUAUUCACGUCAAUGAGUUUUGUUUAAAAAAAAAAAA